GGUGUGACUUCCUUGGUCAGCCCAAUCUGCAACCUUCAAUGCUAUUGCUCACAAGAUAAGUCAUUCUAACAGCCGUGAGCCGUGAUGACAUCGGAAGAUCUCGGGAGCUGCACCGAUGGACGUGGCUUCUUCUUCUUCUUCGGAGGGUUGCUUGGUCGACGGGGAAGCCGUUGAUUUAUUAGAGGACAACUGGUUCUUCGGCAACCUGCUCCAUAGCAAGAGCAAGAGCAAGAGCAAGAGCGCUGCCAUGCCGAGGUGCUUCUCCGAUCCUUGCCCUUCGGUCGAUGAUCAUCAGGCCCGCGAAAUGUUAGCCGGGGACCGGCGGUGGAGCGGCUCCAGCUCUCCUUCGCCGAGGAAGACGAGCCCGGAAGGCAUUGGUCGCGCUGGAGCCGGAGCCGAGUCCUUCUGGGCUCCGCCGGUGUUGCGUGAGGAAGCGAGAGAUGGAGCGGAACGAGCGCUGGUCGAUGAGGGUACUCCUGAAGAAGUGCCGAUCUCGGCUGAAUUGCCGCCUUCGGUCGAGAAAGGAGUUCAAGAGAGGAAAUAUGAUCCGAAGGAAGGUGGUUUGGACAAGAACGAGCAGCAGCCGCGCCCGGUUCUUCUCAGGGCGCCUUCCCUGCCACCUUGCAUAGGAAGAGACAGGGCGUUUGAAGGAAGAGAGAAUUUUCCUAGGAUGAUCAAGCCGAGUAGGCAAGCCUCUCUUAACUUGACCGAGUUCUUGCCGCCGCGGCAUAUUCCGAAGGGAAUGACACAGAGCGCGAGCAUGUCGAAGUAUCGACCGCCCAAAUUAAGCGAUUCCGAAAAGAGCACGAUAGCUUUUAACAAGGAGAUGAGGCGAAGAUACCUAACCAGGAGCAACUCAAGGAAGAGCCUGAGCGAUCUCGAAGACGAAGAAGUGCGAGGCUUCAAGGAACUGGGUUUUUCAUUCGAGGAGAAGCAUUUGAACCCGAAACUUGUCGACAUACUUCCCGGUUUGCAAGAGAAGACCCAGGAGAACGAGGAUGGCAACGGGAACGAAGCGCCUUAUCUUUCUGAAGGGUGGCUGGCGCAAAGCUAUGCUCCAGCGGUCCCGAAGUGGAAUGCCAAAGGCGGCUCGCCGGAAGAUAUGAAAGCUCAGAUCAAGUUUUGGGCCAGAGUCGUGGCAUCGAAUGUGCGUCAAGAAUGCUGAAGCUGGAUAUACAAAUUAACUGCUAAUUCGACACUAAUGUGAUUGUGAUGAAGAUUCAGAUUGAUCAUUUGUUUUCCCCGUUAAUGUUACUAAUUCCCAAGACCUUUUGUUCUUUAAAAGGUUGUGAUUCUUGCUUGAUUAGCUAUUCCUAAUAAACCUUCACCGCGUAUGCAGUAGGAUUACUCAAA